UGUGUGUGAGAGAGUUAAUAGAGAAAGCAUCUAAAACGACUCGGCUUACUUUGCUUUUCAUUCUUGUGCGACAAAUAAAAACCUUGUUGUUUAAACCCUCAACAUGUAAGUGGUGUUUUUAUCAGCGAAGUCUUUGUGACGGUCACAAGUUGAAUACAUUCAGAGGAACACGACCGUCUGCGGCCGAGACUCCGCCGGUUUCACUCCGCUGAGUAUAAACUGAACUUCAGUGGCUCCUGUGUUUUGUCCCGCAGGCCAACCUGAACGACUCUCACAACCAGAUGGUGGUCCACUGGGCCGGCAAGAGGAGCAACGUCAUCGUGGCUCUGGCCCGAGACAGCGCCGGAGCCAUCGGGCCCAAGACCAGCUCGGUCUACGUGUCCUACGACUACGGGACGUCCUUCACGCUGGUCUCAGACAAGUUCCAGCUGUCGGGGGUCCAGGCCAACGGCGGCAACAAGCAGGUCAUCUCCCAGUUCUACCACAGCCCGGCAGACAACAAGAGGUACCUCUUCGUGGACUCCACCAACAACUACCUGUGGAACACCUUUGACUUCUGCAGCAGCGUGCAGGGCUUCUCGCUGCCCUUCAAGCCGACCGACCUGCUGCUCCACAGCCAGAGAUCCGGCCUGGUGCUCGGCUACGACAGCUCUCACCCCAACAAGCAGCUGUGGAAAUCGGACGACUUCGGGGAGACGUGGGUGUUGAUCCAGGAGCACGUGAAGAGCUACUUUUGGUAAGACAACCGAGACGAGAACAUAAACCGAGUGUGAGACUGUACUCUGCUGCGUUCAAGAAGCCGGUAAAUGUAGGAAAUACAACCGUCCCAGGAAAUACAAGUUGAGUCAGCAUCGCUGAAGACUUAUGGUUCUAGUGGGCUUUUAAUUAGGAGCAAAUACUGUUAAAUCUAUUAAAGCUUCAGUGCGGAAACUACUGUGAGCAGAAUGAGAGGUGACGAUGAGCUGCUGGCUCGAUGUUUGAGGCACACGGUGCUUCAGUACAUCAGCAUGUUAGGGAGGUAAAGAUCAUCUCCAGAAGAAUAAUUCCACUUAUUUCUUGUCCAAAAAGUCUCAAAUUCUUCCCCAUUUUUCUACGGAUCCACUAGCUUUUAAAUAGGAUCAAUCGAAAGAGAAAGAAACAUUUGUCUUUAAGGUUCCUUCCAUGAUGUCAUCAGACACUUCUAAUAACAAUCUGAGCCCGUCGGUAGAAGAGACGACACUUUUAGUGGACGUAACACGUUUGUGUUUUUUGGAGAACAUUGUCACAUCUGUCGUCUUCGCCAUUAAGCAAAAAAAUUGCAUCCACACAAAAUGGAAUUGUUGAACUAGCAACCAAAACAUCUCAUUACAUUUAUCGAAUAUGUUUUUUUGUCAAUGCAUAAAGUAUAAAACACAUGCUGUUGAGAUGCACAGAUUAGAUCUUAUAACCUGGGCUCCACAAUAAGAAAUGCCACGUCGGGCUCCUGGCUUCCUGCUCGUCUCUGCUGCACAUGCUCAGUGCGGAUCGAGGAACUCGUGAGAAAAUGGCGGCGAGAAAAGACGAAGUUUAUGAGCUAAAGUGCAAGCGAGCGUUUCAAUUGUACAGGAAACAGGAGUUCAGUUGGGUGGUUUUAGAGAGGAUGUAGUAACCUCAUUCAUUCAUUCACUCACUUCCACAUUGGCUUCACUCUGCAUAACCCUGAUCCCUGUAUACAAAACCAAUAGUUGAUCUCUUGACUCAGUAAACAUGAGUUUAUGAGACCAUAAACUCAUGUUUACAAUGUUUACUGAGGUAAUAAAUCAAGAGAGAAGU